AUGUCUACGCCAACGUUGUUCACCUUGAACAUUACUGAAAAUGAACAGGACCUCGCAAAUGAGAACGGUAAUGGCGAUGAAGAUGAAGAUGAAGAUGGAAACGGAGUUGGUUUAGGUUUAUCAUCAAAUUAUUAUAGUAUCAACAAUAACCAUAAAACAAGAGAGGUAGAUUCACCUAUACAAAUUCCAAUAACAUUAAACGAGGAGCCUGAUUCAUAUUAUUCGUGA